UGCGCUCAGGACGGCGCGAAAACCCAAUUGACAAGAAUUCCCUCCGAAGCUCUGUGGUCCGAUCUGCGUUCCGCUUGCUUUCCCCGCCCAGGCCCGGUCCCGGUCCCGAGCGCUCAGCCUGGAGCGCCGGUUUCGAGGGCACCCUGCAUACACUGGCCGUGCCUCAGGGAUCUCGCUGCCCGCGCUUUCUCAUUGCCUCUUUCCGUGUUCGACUCGGCUGAUCUGGGCCCAGCCUCCGCUCCGGCUCCCAGUCGGUGGGCGCGGGGGAAUCCUAAACGGAUUCCCAGAAACUUGCAGAAUCCCAGAAACUUGCUCCUACUGGAGCGGGCCAGCCUCCAUGGCCUCCAGGCAGACCGGGCUGGACCGCGUAAGGUCCUAGGAGACGGGAUUCCGGGAAACGGGGAGUAUGGUGGGGGUCCUGGCCAUGGCGGCUGCAGCUGCUCCCCCUCCCGUGAAGGACUACGAGAUUGAGCCAUGCAAAAAGCGAAGGAAAGAUGAUGACAGAUCUUCCUGCAAAACAAUUACAAAAUAUUUAUCACCACUAGGGAAGACUAGAGACAGGGUUUUUGCUCCACCAAAACCUAGUAAUAUUCUGGAUUAUUUUAGAAAGACCUCACCCACAAAUGAGAAGACGCAAUUAGGGAAAGAGUGCAAGAUAAAGUCAUCUGAAUCAGUACCUGUUGACAGCAACAAAGACUGUAUGACACCUUUGGAAAUGUUCUCAAAUGUAGAAUUUAAGAAAAAAAGAAGGAGGGUUAAUUUAUCUCAUCAACUAAAUAGUAUUAAAACUGAAAAUGAAGCUCCAGUUGAAAUUAGUAGCGAUGAUAGCAAAGAAGACUGUAGUUUAAAUACUGCUUUUGUGGAAAGUAGUACUUCUGUUUUACUUUACAAGAAACAAGUAGAGGUACUUGCAGAAAACAUUAAAGAUACAAAAAGUCAACCAAAUACUAUGACCUCCCUGCAAAAUUCUAAAAAAGUAAAUCCUAAACAAGGGACCACAAAAAAUGACUUCAAAAAGUUGAGAAAAAGGAAGUGCAGAGAUGUAGUAGAUCUAUCUGAAAGCUUACCCUUGGCAGAGGAACUAAAUUUGCUUAAAAAAGAUGGUAAAGAUAGUAAACAGAUGGAGAAUACUACAAGCUACUCUAGAGAUAAUGUAACUGAAGCAGCCCAGUUGAAUGAUAGUACAAUAACUGUCUCAUAUGAGGAAUUUUUAAGAAGUCACAAGGAAAAUAAAGUGGAAGAGAUACCAGACUCUACAAUGUCAAUUUGUGUUCCUUCUGAAACUGUUGAAGAAAUAGUCAAAAGUGGUUAUGUAAGUGAAUCAGAAAACUCUGAAAUGUCCCAGCAGGUACGCUUUAAGACAGUUACUGUUCUUGCACAGGUUCACCCUAUUCCGCUCAAAAAGACAGGGAAAAUACCCCGAAUUUUCUUGAAACAAAAGCAAUUUGAAAUGGAAAAUAGUUUAUCUGAUCCUGAGAAUGAACAGACAGUUCAGAAAAGAAAAUCUAAUGUUGUUAUACAGGAGGAAGAAUUAGAAUUGGCUGUUUUGGAAGCUGGAAGUUCAGAAGCUGUGAAACCAAAAUGCACUCUAGAAGAAAGACAGCAAUUUAUGAAAGCAUUUAGGCAGCCAGCAUCAGAUGCACUUAAAAAUGGAGUUAAAAAGUCUUCUGAUAAGCAGAAAGACCUUAAUGAAAAAUCUCUACAUGAAGAAGGAAGAGAUGAUAAUUCUAAAAAAAUCAUGGAAAAUCCUGGUAUCCAAAUGGUUUCAAAAAAUGGCAAUUCACAGGCACACACUGAUAAAGGAAGUUUUCCAAAGGAGAAAAAUAAAAAGCUAAAUAAGAAGAAUAAGAAAACAUUAGAUACUGGGGCUAUUCCAGGCAAAAACAGAGAGGGAAACACUCAAAAGAAAGAAACAACCUUUUUCUUAAAAGAGAAACAGUAUCACAAUAGAAUGAGUUUAAGACAAAGGAAAGCAGAAUUUUUCAAAAGCAGCACUUUAUUUAACAAUGAAAGUCUUGUUUGUGAAGAUAGAGCAAAUGAUGACCUUCUAAAGGUUUCCUCUCUGUGUAACAAUAAUAAAUCAUCAAGAAAAACCAGCAUACCGGUUAAAGGUAUUAAGCUUACACAUUCUGAAGCUGAAUCUGAAGACAGGUUGCUAAAUGUUUCCACGCCCAAGUCAACCAGAAGAUCUGGAAGAAUUAGCAGCACACCUACUGCAGAAACCAUUAGAGGUAUUGAUUCUGAAGAUGUACAAGAUAGUAGUCCACUAAAGGCUUCCACUCCAAAAGCAGCCAACUUAUCAGAAAAGCAUAGUUUAUAUACAGCGGAAUUAAUAACAAUACCCUUUGAUUCAGAGAGCCCUAUUAGAAUGAAAUUCACCAGAAUUAGUACUCCCAAAAAAUCUAAGAAAAAAUCUAACAAAAGAUCUGAGAAAUCUGAAGCAACUGAUGGAGAUUUUAUUUCUCACACUAAAAAGGCAAGCAAUGCUUCAAAAAACAUAUCGAAAGCAAAACAGUUGAUUGAAAAAGCAAAAGCUUUACACAUCAGUAGGUCAAAGGUGACUGAAGAAAUAGUGAUACCCUUAAGGCGCUCCUCUAGACAUCAGACACUUCCUGAAAGGAAGAAAUUGUCAGAAACGGAAGAUUCUGUUAUAAUAAUAGAUUCAAGUCCUACUGCUUUAAAGCAUCCAGAGAAAAAUCAGAAGAAACUUCAGUGUUUGAAUGAUGUGCUAGGAAAGAAACUCAACACAUCCACUAAAAAUGUACCUGGAAAAAUGAAAGUCGCUCCUUUAUUUCUUGCCAGAAAAGCACAAAAAGCAGCUGCUCCUGUCCCUGGUUUUGAUGAAAACAGUCAAGAUAUAUCUGAAAAAUCUCAGGAUUAUGAUGUUCAAUGCAAAGCAAAGCGUGACUUCCUAAUGAGUGGUUUGCCAGAUUUGUUGAAACGGCAAAUUGCGAAGAAAGCUGCUGCAUUGGAUGUGUACAAUGCAGUGAGUACCAGUUUCCAGCGAGUCGUUCACGUACAACAAAAGGAUGAUGGGUGUUGUUUGUGGCAUUUGAAACCACCCUCUUGUCCUCUCUUAACUAAAUUUAAAGAACUGAACACUAAAGUGAUAGAUCUCUCAAAAUGUGUUCUUGCUCUUGGUGAAUUUUCAACAUUGAAUUCAAAGUUGAAAAGCAGUAACUCUGCUGCUGUGUUCGUAAGGACAAGGAAGGAAUUUACUGAAGAAGUAAGAAAUCUUUUGCUUGAGGAAAUUAGGUGGUCAAAUCCUGAAUUUUCAUUGAAAAAAUAUUUUCCCUUACUCCUAAAAAAACGAAUUGAGCACCAAGUACUUUCUUCUGAGUGUCAUAGUAAACAAGUAGAACUAGAGGCUGAUGUCAAUCAUAAAGAAACCAAAAGGAAACGCGUGGAAGCAGAAAAUUCUAAGUCAAAAAGAAAGAAACCAAAUGAGUAUUCAAAAAAUCUGGAGAAGACCAAUAGGAAGUCAGAAGAACUUGGCAAAAUAAACAACUCUUCUGGGAUAAAGCUAGAUUCUUCCAAAGAUUCUGGAACUGAAGACAUGCUUUGGACAGAAAAGUAUCAACCUCAGACUGCCAGUGAACUUAUAGGAAAUGAGUUAGCUAUAAAAAAGUUACAUAGUUGGUUGAAAGACUGGAAAAGAAGAGCUGAAUUGGAAGAAAGGCAGAAUCUGAAGGGAAAAAGAGAUGAGAAACAGGAAGAUUUCUCGGGUGGCAUAGACUUUAAAGGCAGUUCAGAUGAUGAAGAGAGUCGUCUUUGCAAUACUGUCCUUAUAACAGGGCCAACAGGAGUGGGAAAAACUGCUGCUGUGUAUGCUUGUGCCCAGGAGCUUGGAUUUAAGAUAUUUGAAGUGAAUGCCUCUUCCCAGCGCAGUGGUAGACAAAUUCUAUCUCAGUUGAAGGAAGCUACUCAGUCCCAUCAAGUAGAUAAACAAGGUGUAAACUCACAAAAACCCUAUUUUUUUAAUAGCUACAACAUAGGCAAGUCACCAAAAAAAAUAAGCUCCCCUAAGAAAGUUGUUACAUCACCAAGAAAAGUUCCUCCACCAUCACCAAAAAGUAGUGGGCCAAAGCGAGCACUUCCUCCCAAAACCUUGGCAAAUUAUUUUAAAGUAUCUCCCAAACCUAAAAAUAAUGAAGAACUAGGAAUGCUUCUGGAAAAGAAUAAAGGAAUAAAAAAUUCUUUUGAACAGAAACAAAUUACUCAGACUAAAUCUACAAAUGCAACUAAUUCAAAUGUCAAAGACGUUGGAGCUGAAGAACCCAGCAGAAAAAAUGCAACAUCUCUUAUUCUUUUUGAGGAGGUUGAUGUAAUUUUUGAUGAAGAUGCUGGGUUUUUGAAUGCAAUCAAAACAUUCAUGGCAACAACUAAACGACCUGUAAUCCUUACUACAAGUGAUCCAACAUUUAGUUUAAUGUUUGAUGGCUGCUUUGAAGAAAUCAAGUUCAGUACUCCUUCCCUGCUAAAUGUUGCCAGCUACCUACAAAUGAUUUGCUUAACUGAGAAUUUUAGAACUGAUAUAAAAGACUUUGUAACCUUGUUAACUGCAAAUACUUGCGAUAUCAGAAAAAGUAUCCUUUACUUACAAUUCUGGAUUAGAAGUGGAGGUGGAGUUUUAGAAGAACGACCAUUAACCCUUCAUGGUGGAAAUAGCAAAAAUGUACAACUAGUUUGCUCUGAACAUGGCCUUGAUAACAAAAUUUACCCUAAAAAUACUAAAAAGAAAUGUAUAGACCUUCCGAAAUGUGACAGUGGCUGUGCUGAGACCUUGUUUGGUCUUAAGAACAUUUUUUCCCCAUCUGAAGACUUAUUUUCAUUUUUAAAGCACAAAAUCACAACAAAGGAAGAAUGGCAUAAACUCAUCCAGCUUCUUACAGAAUUCCAAAUGCGGAAUGUAGACUUUUUAUAUAGUAAUCUUGAGUUUAUUCUACCAUUACCAGUUGAUACCAUUCCAGAAACUAAAAACUUUUGUGGCUCAUCAGUAACUGUGGAUGCCAGUGCAGCAACAAAAAGUGUGAACUGUCUUGCUAGGAAACAUUCUGAAAGAGAACAGCCAUUGAAAAAGUCCCAGAAAAAGAAACAAAAGAAAACAUUGGUAAUAUUAGAUGAUAGUGACUUAUUCGACACUGACUUGGACUUCCCUGAUGAAUCUGUUAGGCUGUCCCCUGUGUUGUCUUCCUCAAAUUCAGAAGAAAGCAAAGCCAGAGACAAAGGAAGCAAUUCAGAGACAAAGAAAUCUAUUCCUCGUCCUCCCAAAACAACUGCAGAAAAAAAAUGUUCUGCCCUUGUUUCUCAUUGUUUAAAUUCUCUCUCUGAGUUCAUGGAUAACAUGUCCUUCUUAGAUGCCCUUUUAACUGAUGUAAGGGAACAAAACGAAUACGGUAGAAAUGACUUGAGUUGGACAAAUGGAAAGGUUAAAAGUGGACUUUGUGAUGAGUUUAGUCUUGAGAGUAAUGAUGGAUGGACUUCUCAAAGCUCUGGAGAAUUAAAAGCAGCUGCAGAAGCUCUCAGCUUUACUAAAUGUUCUUCUACUAUUUCAAAAGCACUGGAAAACUUGAAUUCUUGCAAGAAAUUAGGAAGAGAUCCAACCAAUGAUCUUACUUUUUAUAUUUCACAAAAGCGCAAUAAUGUAUACUUUAGUCAGUCAGCAGCUAAUUUAGAGAAUGCUUGGAAGAGGAUAGCAGUCAUUAAAAGUGUAUUUUCGAGUCGAUCUCUUCUCUAUGUGGGUAAUAGACAAGCUAGUAUAAUUGAGUACCUGCCAACCCUUCGAAACAUCUGUAAGACUGAGAAGCUAAAAGAACAAGGAAAAAGUAAAAGAAGAUUCCUGCACUAUUUUGAAGGAAUUCAUCUUGACAUUCCAAAAGAGACUGUGAAUACUUUGGCAGCUACCUUCCCUUAAUGUUUCAUACUAACCAUGCUUUGUAUAGAUUAUCAUGUGGUCCUUAAGAUACAUUUUUAUAUUAUGUGGAUCUUCGUGGAAAAGUAUAUUUCUCAAUGUACAUUUUAAACAAACAAUUUGUAUAUUUUUUUAUUGGUGGGCAAAUAUUUAAAAUAUUUGAGUUACAAAUUGUAUAUAUGAUUGUAAUUUUUUUUCUGAAUUUUUUGUAUUAUCUGAUUUAGCUUUGUUGGAGUAUUUUUUCUAUGUGAGUGAACUGUUUCUGGAAGGUAGAGUUCAUUAAGAUGAACUCCCUAUUUCAAGUGUUUAUAUUAUAUAUUAGCUUAAUAUUCAGAUACAUUAGUGUCACUAAAGUUGGUAUACAAUCUCCCACUGCUAAAUUUGACUGGCUUUACAAAAAAAAAAACAACAAUAAAACAAAAACAUUAUCUGAUGAAUUAUAUUUUUAACCCAAAAGUUAAGGAUCCUCAUAUUGUACAGUUUUUUUUUUUUUGUUAUUGUUUUUUGAGAUGGAAUCUCACUCUGUCACCCAGGCUGGAGUGCAGUGGCUUGGUAUCAGCUCACUGCAACCUUUGCCUCCCAGGUUCAAGCGAUUAUCCUGCCUCAACCUCCCGAGUAGCUGGGAUUACAGGAGCCCACCACCUUGCUCAGCUAAUUUUUGUAUUUUUAGUAGAGACAGGGUUUUACCAUGUUGGUCAGGCUGGUCUCUAACUCCUGACCUCAAGUGAUCCAUUCGCCUUGGCCUCCCAAAGUGCUGGGAUUACAGGCGUGAACCACCGUGCUCGGUCUAUAUUGUACAAUUUUGAACAGUAUAUGUUUAUAAAUGUGUAUGAAGAUAGAUAUUUUUACCUCUUAUUUGUUCAAUUUACUUUUUCUUGCAUUAAUUAGUAUAUUGAUCUAAUUAAAGGUUAAAGCUAAAGGCUUUAUGAAAUGUUUAAAAAAGAGUUCAGAUGUAAUCACCUUGGUAAAUAUGUAUAUUGUAUGGGUUUGAAUAUAGGAUAUAACUUAAAGAUUUCAUCCCUGUACAGAAGAGAGAAUAAGAUCUUCUGAA